AGAGGAAAGAGCUGCGAUGCAUCUAGUCUACUCCCCUCCUAACUCCCAUCACUGCAAACCCAACGUGUGGUCGGCGGUGACAAUAUCCUUCGUUAAAUAUCUGUUGCUCACCCUAUUCUCUUUUCUUUCAAACCUAUACAUAACAAUCUUAAAGCUGCUUUAUUUCUCAUUUUGAAACUCCUUCAAAUUCCAACAUACCCUUUUUGUUUGUUUUUUCAAACAAUUUUAUUCUAGUCAAAAUCCUUCAACAUCAGCAUUUGACUCUUGUUCGUCUACUUUUUGCUCCAAUUUCAGGCUGGUAUUGGAGAUUGCAAGAAGAUAUAGAACCAGAGGGUAUUCUUGUACCUAAUUAAGUGAACUCUAUAUUUACUGGUACUACAUAAAGUAGCUGUAGCUAAUGCUAUAGCAUGGAUUCACACAAGGUUUUUGGAUACAAUACCACUAGUGCCGACUCUUCCUAUAUGACUUCACAGCAUACUUCUUCACCAAUUCCAAACAGGUUAUUUGGACCACUGAAGUUCCAUUUGAGAAAUUCUCCAAUCUCACCAUUCUCCACUCACUUUGAAUGUGAGACAGCCACUACGUUGACAGAUAGCCGAGAGCAUCACAGUUCGAGUGAGAGUCUCUCAGCAAAAAGCCCUUCUUGUAAUUCACUCCUUGAAACUAACAGUUACCAUCAAAGGUUUAACUCAAGCCCUUCAGAAGAUUCUCGUCAGAGUCCUGCUCUACCCACUACUAGUGGAACUCUGUUUUCUCAAAAUUCAGAUUAUGAAGUAAACAUAAAGCAUGCCUUGCAGGAGCUAGAGACUGUUCUUAUGGGUGAUGAAGCAACUGGAGGAGGAAGCCGGCAUUCCCAUAUCCCAGGUCAGAGAUCAGGGUCCUGGAAUAGGGACCCACAGAGCUCUCACGGGGCCCAACUUCAGUCAUCAUCCCCUUCUUUGGAAAGAAGGUCAGAGGAUGAAGGGCAGAGUGAGAAACGACACAAAGCCAUGGAAGAAGAAAUCGUGCAGCAUAAAAUUCCAUCUGGUAAUCUGAAAGAGUUACUGAUUGAAUGCGCGAGGGCAUUAUCCGAUAACAGAUUGGAUGAUUUUGACGAAUUAGUUGAACAAGCAAGGAAAGAGGUAUCAAUUUCUGGACAGCCAAUUCAGCGUCUUGGGGCUUAUAUGAUUGAAGGGCUAGUAGCAAGGAAAGAAUCUUCUGGAAAUAACAUCUACCGAGCUCUUAGAUGUAAAGAGCCUCUUGGAAAAGAUUUGCUUUCUUUCAUGCAUAUACUUUAUGAAAUAUGUCCUUACCUCAAGUUUGGUUACAUGGCUGCAAAUGGAGCAAUAGCUGAAGCAUGCAGAAAUGAGGACCGCAUACAUAUCAUAGAUUUCCAGAUUGCUCAGGGGACCCAAUGGUUGACUCUCUUGCAAGCCCUGGCGGCAAGACCUGGUGGUGCCCCACAUGUGCGAAUAACUGGUAUCGAUGAUCCGGUCUCUCAGUAUGCUCGAGGUGCCAGCUUGGAGGCAGUUGGGAAACGUUUAGCAUCACUCUCUGAAAAAUACAAUAUAUCUGUCGAGUUCCACGCAGUACCCGUAUUUCUUCCUGAUGUCACACGGGAAAUGCUCGACGUGAGGCCUGGGGAAGCUUUGGCAGUUAAUUUCCCUUUACAGCUUCACCACACACCUGAUGAGAGUGUCGAUGUGAACAACCCAAGGGACGGUCUCCUUAGAAUGGUGAAAUCACUCGGUCCUAAGGUAACCACUUUGGUAGAGCAAGAGUCAAAUACCAAUACCACCCCUUUCUUGACUAGGUUCACAGAAGCUUUGAGUUACUACUCCGCAAUGUUCGAGUCUAUUGAUGUAACAAUGCCAAGGGAUAGGAAAGAGCGGAUAAAUGUGGAGCAGCAUUGCUUAGCAAAGGACAUCGUGAACGUCAUCGCCUGUGAGGGAAAGGAGAGGGUGGAGCGUCACGAGCUUUUGGGUAAAUGGAAGUCGAGGUUUACUAUGGCGGGAUUCAAGCAAUACCCUUUGAGCUCAUAUGUGAACUCGGUGAUAAGAGGAUUACUUAGGUGUUACUCUGAACACUAUACGUUGGUGGAGAAAGAUGGCGCUAUGCUUUUGGGUUGGAAAGAUAGGAUGUUGAUUUCGGCUUCAGCUUGGCAUUAAUCUUACACAUAGGAAGAAAAUCAGAGAUAAGAGACACAGAAAACAAAGAUAGGUGUUCUAUAUCUCUUUUCAGAAUUCUUUUCGCUGAGCAAUGAUUGUGAGUUGCUAAAUCAGAUAGAUUUUGUAACUUCUCACCAUUGUUGUUCUAUGAAGAGAUUUCAUUGUAUGUAUUUACUUUGUGAGCAGGCUUUAAAAUAUUUAAAGGACUAACCUAUAUGAGAAAUAAUAGUUUGUUGUAUAAUGAUUUAGGAUUAAGCAAAGAUUUGUUUUCAUUCAUUUAUUUUCACAUAAUAAAGAGUAGUUAUGAUA